ACGCCCCCAGUCCCUCCCCAUCCCGCUUCCCGAGCCCAAACACACGGCGCAAAGCCAGCAAGCGCGGCGCGGUACUGUGCCCAGAGUCCGGCCGUGCUGUGCUUUGACCACGACCGCGACCCUCCCCCCGUUUGGCCAUUUCUUCCCACGCCACCCAGCAAAGCAGCGGAACCUCUCCUCCGCUGGGUCGUCGCCACCACCACCACUGCAGGGCCGAAACCGCGCAGCCAUGCUGGCCCGGCCCGCCGUUGAGGCAGGUGAGCUUCCGCCGUCGUCGGCUGCCAUGGAUCCGGCUUCCGAGGAGCUCGAGCGCCGCAGCCGCUACCUCAGCUCGCUCAUCCGCCGCACCAAGCUCAACGCCGCGCCCGCUCCCCCUCCCCCUACUCCUUCGCCGGAUCCCGACCUCAAGCUCAAGCUGGAGCUGGAACUGGAGCGGGAGCGCUCCGUCAUCCGCCGCACCAAGCUCGAUGUCGCACCCGCCCCGCCUCCUCCUACUCCUCCCCCGGAGCCCGAGACGAAGCUGGAGCUGGAACUGGUGCCGGAGCCGGAGCCUAGGAGUCGGAGCCUCGUGGUGGCCAAGGCGGUGGUGGAGAAGAGGGAAGUGAAAGAUGGGGACGGGAAGGGAAAGGACAAGGGGAAGGAAGAGAAGAAGGUGUCGGUGCGGGUCCGGGCGACCGACAUGCCGCUGCCCCUGCAGCGGCGCGCGAUCCGGCUCGCCCACGACGCCGUCGCCGCCACGCCGCGGGUCGACGGCAAGCGCCUCGCCCUCGCGCUCAAGAAGGAAUUCGACAUGGCAUACGGCCCUGCUUGGCACUGCAUUGUUGGGACGAGCUUUGGUUCCUAUGUCACUCACUCUGUUGGAGGUUUUUUGUACUUCUCUGUCGACAAGGUCUACAUUCUUCUCUUCAGAACCGCUGUUGAGCCAUUAGGCCAUCUACGGUAAAACCUAUAAUCGGUUUAUUAGGUAGUCUAGAAUCUAGAUGCUCUGUAGUCUGUGUUGGAACACCUAACAUGCUGAAUGUAGGAUGAUCUCCAUGAAAAUAUGAACAACCAAUUUGCUGUAACCUCCAUGUAUUACGCUCUUGUCUACCAUAUAAGCGCUAGCACUUGUUAACUUUAGAAGCUGUGCUUGAAUCAGUUUCUCAGUUCCUCGGUAUGAGGGAGAUUCCAGGGAAGUUCUGUAACUUCGGGCGCCUUCGGCUUAGGCUUCCAGGGAUGUUCUGUAACUUCGGGCCUUCGGCUCCCUGCAAAUUCUGUAGCAUCUUGUAACGUGAGCUGCUAGCCUAAAUCGGCAGAGCCUUGCUGUUCUAUUGAAUGACUUCAUCUUCCGUGUUA